AUAGAGUAGAGCACUGUGAAUAAUUUCCGAUAAUCGAGUGAUACGUUUAAAGCCGGAAAGACACGCUAAAACCCGGAUAAGGCGGUCUGAUUCUGCGAGUCGAGAGCAUCAAUGGAGUCUCUCUCGUCUAUGCUCUGGCCACCUCCUCUCAACUCCUCUUCUCAUAAGCGCUCUCCAAUGGCUGCCUCUGCAACUGCUAUUUCUUUUUUAUCCUUCGCAUCCAUGCCUUCUCAACAGCAACGAACCACCACCCCGAAACGCACUUCAAACCCCACUAAAACCCUCUCUUCAACAACACUCACCACCAUAACAACAACUACUGCUACUACAACUGACACAACCACCUCUCUCCCUCCCAAGAAGGUGUUGGUUCCCAUUGGAUUUGGUACGGAGGAAAUGGAAGCUGUUAUUAUAAUUGAUGUUCUGCGACGAGCUGGUGCGGACGUCACAGUGGCCUCGGUGGAGCCGCAGCUUGAGAUUGAAGCUUCUAGUGGCACCAAGCUGGUUGCUGACACCUCCAUCUCGACCUGUUCAGAUCAAGUUUUCGAUCUCGUGGCGUUGCCGGGUGGAAUGCCUGGCUCUGUGCGUUUAAGAGACUGUGAAGUUCUGCAGAAAAUAAUGAAAAACCAGGCCGAGGAAAAGAGGCUAUACGGGGCUAUUUGUGCUGCUCCAGCAGUCACGCUUCUGCCUUGGGGUCUCCUGAGAAGAAAGCAGACAACUUGUCACCCUGCAUUCAUGGACAAGCUUUCAAACUUCUGGGCUGUUAAGUCAACUAUUCAAGUUUCUGGGGAGCUUACAACAAGCCGCGGUCCCGGAACCACUUUUGAGUUUGCUCUUUCCUUGGUAGAGCAGCUGUUCGGAGAGUCAGUUGCCAACGAGGUUGGACAAUUAUUGUUGAUGUCUACUGCUGAUGAUAACCCUAGAAAGGUAGAGUUCAACAAAGUUGAAUGGUCUGUUGACCACACCCCUCGUGUCCUCAUUCCAGUUGCAAACGGCUCUGAAGUGAUUGAAGUAGUAACUAUUGCAGAUAUUCUACGGCGAGCGAAAGUUGAUGUUGUGGUUGCUUCAGUUGAAAAAUCUGUGCAGAUUUUGGCAGCUCAAGGCACAAAAAUUGUUGCUGAUACGUUAAUUGGUGAUGCUGCUGAGUCAAUAUACGAUCUAAUCAUUCUUCCAGGAGGAAUUGCUGGGGAUGAGAGGCUACACAAAUCUAAGGUUCUCAAGAAGCUGCUCAAAGAACAAGGUUCAGCUGGAAGAAUUUUUGGAGCAGUCUGCUCUUCGCCGGCAGUCUUGCAUAAACAGGGUUUACUGAAGGAUAAGAGAGCCACGGCUCAUCCGUCUGUCAUAAACAAGCUUGCCAAGGAACCAGUGAAUGAUGCCAAAGUAGUUAUUGAUGGUAAACUAAUUACAAGCAGGGGACUUGCCACUGUAACAGAUUUUGCAUUGGCUAUUGUGGGAAAACUUUUUGGUCAUGCAAGAGCAAGAAGUGUUGCAGAAGGCCUUGUUUUUGAGUAUCCCAGGAGUUAGAAGAUCCAAUACAAGUCAAGUCCUUGUGUAUUGUAGAUCAUUUUUACAGCUGUGCUAGGCCAUAUGCUUGCCUGAUGCCUGAUGGGCCCUAUUUACCAGAAGGCUUGGUCACAGAUCACCAUUGCUUGCCUGCAAUUCAUGCCACUGAUGAUUUACUCAAAUGUCUUGUUUUGUAAACCACAAUUUACAGUCACAUAUCUGCAUAGACUGCAUAUAUUGCAAAAUUUGUUCACGAACUCAGAUUGUUCAUUCAAUGUCAAAAAGAAUGACACUUGGAAUAAUCUAUGAUUUUC